AUCGCAGUCAAGCGAAGCGGCAACGGCACCAUGAUGGCGCAGCGGGCGCUUCCUAACCCUUACGCGGACUACGACAAGUCCUUGGCCACCGGCUACUUCGAUGCUGCCGGGAGGCUGACCCCAGAAUUCACGCAGCGGCUGAAUAACAAAAUCAGGGAGCUGCUGCAGCAGAUGGAGAGGGGCCUCAAGUCUGCCGACCCGCAGGACUGCACGGCAUACACCGGCUGGGCAGGCAUUGCUUUGCUGUAUUUGCACCUGUAUGAUGUGUAUGGAGACCCAGCCUACCUUCAGGUGGCCCACGAAUACGUGAAGAAGAGCCUGAGCUGUCUGACAAGACGAUCCAUCACUUUCUUGUGUGGAGAUGCUGGGCCCCUGGCAGUGGCUGCUGUCGUCUACCACAAACUGCAGAACCAGAAGCAGUCAGAAGACUGCAUCACUCGUCUGCUCCAUCUACACAAGCUUGACCCACGAGUGCCAGAUGAACUGCUGUACGGGCGCAUGGGCUAUCUUUAUGCACUGAUAUUUGUGAACAAGCACUUUGGAGAGGAAAAGAUCCCUCAAAGUCACAUUCAGCAGGUCUGUGAAGCAGUUGUAGCCUCAGGAGAGAGCUUGGCCAAAAGAAGGAACUUCACAGCUAAAAGCCCGCUGAUGUAUGAGUGGUACCAGGAGUACUAUGUAGGGGCAGCCCAUGGUUUGGCUGGGAUUUACUACUAUCUAAUGCAGCCUGGCCUUGGAGUGAGCCAAGUAAAACUGCACAACACAGUCAGACCCAGUGUGGACUACGUCUGCCAGCUCAAGUUCCCAUCUGGCAACUACCCUCCAUGCAUCGAUGACACCAGAGACCUACUCGUCCACUGGUGCCAUGGGGCACCAGGUGUUAUCUACAUGCUUGUCCAGGCCUACAAGGUCUUUGGGGAACAGCAAUAUCUAAAUGAUGCCCUGCAGUGUGCAGAAGUGAUCUGGCAGCAUGGGUUACUGAAGAAAGGCUACGGGCUGUGCCACGGGACAGCUGGAAAUGCUUACGGCUUCUUAGCACUGUACAACCUCACUCAGAACAUGAAAUACCUGUACAGGGCCUGCAAGUUUGCAGAGUGGUGUUUAAGCUAUGGUCAACAUGGGUGCCGGACUCCAGACACGCCGUUCUCUCUCUUUGAAGGAAUGGCUGGAACGAUUUACUUUCUUGCUGACCUGCUGGUGCCAACCAAGGCCAAGUUCCCCGCAUUUGAACUCUAAAUCUGAGCUUGGCAGUUUCCUGCCUGAAUCCUUCUGCACUUGGAAAAGCAGUUCAAAGCCGCUUUCUCCUUCUCCCAAACUCGUCGUUGUUCACCUAACUGAACAUAAAUCCAUCCUCCUGAGGGCAUGUUGAGUUCUCUAAUAUUUCUAGUCAUCUCAUUGCAUUGUUUCAAUUUAAAAGACAGAAUGCAGAUUUUGCUGGUGUCUCCUAAAAACGCAGGGCUGCAGGUGGGAGCAAGGAGAAAAUGUACAGUAUUUUAUUGGCUAUAGAGUUUUGCUAUUUUCUGUAUCCCAUUUCCUGGGAGAAAGUUUUCUAUUGAAUGUAACUUUGGCCAUAUGAUUUUAUUUUUUUUGUGCUGACAAAUAGUUGCAGGAAUUUAGUUGCCUUUAGAAAACAAAAGAUGAAAAACUGAGACUAUUGCC